AUGCUGUGUAGGCGGUCACGGAGGAUACUGGGCUCGAGGCCCAUAGCAAUAGGACAGGCCGCCCAAGCUGCGCCACCCAGCAAUUCACACCCAGCCGCGCACCCGUCGAUAUCCUCACAGAUAUCUCACCAGCGCCGUUUGGCCUCAACCACCACCACCACCACCACCACCACCACCACCACCACCACACCCACAAACCCCAGCGAUGCCGCCCCAAAGGUGAUCUUCUCCGGCAUCCAGCCCACGGGCGUGCCACACCUGGGCAACUACCUCGGCGCGCUGUCACAGUGGGUGGCGCUGCAGGAGGAGGCAACAUCCACCAGCCCGACGACGCGGCUCCUCUUCUCGGUGGUCGACCUCCACGCCAUCACGCUGCCGCAGGACGCGGGGCAGCUGCGCCGGUGGCGCCGCGAGAUGCUGGCCGCCCUGCUGGCCGUGGGCCUGGACCCGGCGCGCAGCACCAUCUUCCACCAGAGCUCCGUGCCCGCGCACGCCGAGCUCAUGUGGGUGCUGUCGUGCACCGCGUCCAUGGGGUACCUGUCGCGCAUGACGCAGUGGAAGAGCAAGCUGUCGCUGCCGGAGGACGCGUCGGCGCUGGGGGACUACGACGGCGGCGAGGGGGCAGGGGGAGGUGGAAGCGGUGAUGGCAAGUCUUCCUCGGCGGCCGCCCUCAAGCUCGGCCUCUUCUCCUACCCCGUCCUCCAGGCCGCCGACAUCCUCGUGCACCGCGCGACGCACGUCCCCGUGGGUGAGGACCAGCGGCAGCACCUCGAGUUCGCGCGGGAGUGCGCCGCCGGGUUCAACCACACCUACGGCCCUGGCGGCGGCGGCGGCGGGGACAAGGACAAGAAGAGAGGAAACAUCCUCGUCCCGCCCGAGACGAUCGUCAGCCCCGCGCGCCGCGUCAUGAGCCUCGCGGACCCGACGAGGAAGAUGAGCAAGUCCGACGCCAACGCCGCGAGCAGGGUGCUCAUCACCGACGCCGAGGCGGACGUGCGGCGCAAGAUCAUGCGCGCCGUGACGGACUCGCAGAGCGGGUUCGUCAGCUACGACCCCGCCGCGCGGCCUGGGGUGUCGAACCUGCUGGAGAUGCUGGCGGUCCUCGAGGGCGGCGGCGUGAGGGGGGGCAAGGGCAAGGGCAAGGGCAAGGGGAGCAGGACGCCGGAGGAGGUGGCGCGGGGGUUCGAGGGGGCCCAGCACCCGCUCAAGGCGCUCAAGGAGCGGACGGCGGAUGCGGUCGUCGCUGAGCUGAGGGAUGUGCGGGAGAGGUACCUGGAGCUGAUGGGCAACAACGGCGGGAGGGGCCUGGAUGAUCUCGAGGCCGUUGGUGCCGAGAAGGCCAGGGCGAGUGCGGAUGCGACCAUGAAGCUUGUCAAGGAUGCCGUAGGGUUUUAG